CAGUUUUACUGUGGGCCCUUUUGGCAUACAUGUAGUCCUUAACUGCACUGUGAGAAAGAUCAUUACUCUGGUUGGUGAACUGGAAAAAGGAAAUACAGCAGUAAGUAUAGGAGAUGCUGAAAAUAUAUUACUGUAGCCCCCCAAGGCAGUCUCCUUUUGGAUCUCUGCAAGAAUGAACCAAGGCGAGGUAGGUUUGUAACUGUAGGAGCAGAAGGUUUCUUUCCAGGGAGGGGAAGAGUUGAAAUCCGACAGUGAUGAUGCUACAGACUGCUGCCUUGUUCAAGGUUGGAAGGACAUGGCGAAUGGUGUUGGGAUUAAGAAGUUAAGAUUUAAUGGAUCUCUAUUAGGAAAGGCUGAUACUGUGCAGGAAACUCGGGGAGGCAUUAAACCAGGUAUUGCACAGGAAUGGAAACUCGCAUGGAAUUCAUCAUCCAUGAGAUAUUGAAGCUCAGUGCAUGGUGACAAUAUAGCCAAGGGUAUAAGCAGUGAGAGGAACAGAUCUGUCACUCUCAUUAGCACUGUGUGUCAGUGUUGCUGGAGAUUUUUAACAGCUCUCUGAGGUUGUCCUUUGCUAUUUGAAGAGUUCUGUAUUUCAUCAGACACCCCGACUGUAAAACUUGAUUUUUGCCCCACUCGAGCACUUUGUAAGGCCUUUGUGCACUUGUGCCUUAUCUUUAUCUGCCAUGUUUUUUAAUGUACAAGCUGCUGCUUUUCCAAAAGGCCAAACGCAAGUGUGAUGGGACUUUUUAUGCUGUGAAAGCCUUGCAUAAGAAAACCAUCCUAAAGAAAAAGGAGCAAAACCACAUCAUGGCAGAACGCAACGUGCUUCUGAAAAAUGUCAAGCACCCCUUCCUUGUGGGCCUCCACUACUCCUUCCAGACCUCGGAGAAGCUUUACUUUGUGCUUGAUUAUGUAAAUGGAGGAGAGCUCUUCUUCCACUUGCAAAGAGAGCGUUGUUUCCGUGAGCCCCGUGCAAGAUUCUAUGCUGCAGAGGUUGCUAGUGCAAUUGGUUACCUGCAUUCCUUAAACAUCAUCUAUAGGGAUUUAAAACCUGAGAACAUCCUCCUGGAUUGCCAGGGACAUGUGGUGUUGACAGAUUUUGGACUCUGCAAGGAAGGAAUGGAGGAAGAAGAGACUACCUCUACAUUCUGCGGCACUCCUGAGUACUUAGCUCCUGAGGUGCUAAAGAAGCAGCCGUAUGACAGGACAGUAGACUGGUGGUGCCUUGGAGCUGUCCUCUAUGAGAUGCUUUUUGGACUGCCUCCCUUUUAUAGCCGGGAUGUGUCUCAAAUGUAUGACAACAUUCUCCACAAGCAACUCCAGAUCCAAGGAAGCAAGACUGUGGCAGCCUGUGAUAUCCUCCAUGGACUUCUCCACAAGGACCAGAAGAGGAGGCUGGGUGCCAAAACAGACUUUCUUGAGAUAAAGAACCACGUAUUCUUCAGCCCAAUAAACUGGGAUGACUUGUGCCACAAGAGGAUUACCCCUCUGUAUGGGAACUGCUGA